AUGAGUGAACCUGAGCGUCGCCGCAGACGGCCAGCCGUUUCAUGCUCUCUUUGCAGAAAACGCAAGAUUCGGUGUAACCGAGAGGUCCCUUGCAGCAACUGCGUGCGAAGUCGAGGCUUUGAACUCGGCCACUCUGUUUCGCACAAUGUGCCCACCAUAUCUACAGAGGUCCAUAAUGCAUUCAUGCCGACAUCCCAGGAUGAAGCCUCCAACACGAGCAGUGCUUCAACAGCUCCCAGCCACUCCGCAACAUCUUUAGAGCUCCCAUUGACAAGCGCGUCUACUUUACCUACUCCACCAUCCGGUCAAGAUGUCGAGGCUUUGAAGUCCAGAAUUCGUCAACUAGAAGACCAACUGUCAAGGGGCCAUCUGGGGUCCUCCCAGUCUAUAGUCUCAACGCCCGCCUCGAACAUAGAAACAGCAUCAUCACGAAUAGGCGGCACCUUUCAUUUUUACUCCGAAAAUCACAUAUUCGGCCGAGCUUUGCCUAUCACACGUGGGAUCUCGCAUAAGACGCGCCUUUUUGGCCAAAGCCACUUUGUCUACACAAUGACGUUGCUCAGGGAUAUGCACGAGAUGCUGGAGAAAUAUGCGCAUGAAAGUUCCCCUAUUGUCAUCUACUUAACCAAGUGUAAGGCGUUGGCGAGGCUCAUCAAGGCGCGCCGAGCACCUCCUUGGCCAACAUCUUUGACGAAUCAACUACCCCCCAGAAGCAUCACGGAUGAGCUUGUCAAAUGCUACCUACGAACUACAGAAAGAAUCUAUCGAAUCCUCCAUGUCCCGACUUUCCGAAAACAGUACGAGGCUCUAUAUACCUCCCAAGACGAUCCCGACCACUCUUUUCUCGUUCAGUUGAAGCUCGUGCUGGCUUUAGGGACUGUUACCUACGACGAAAAGUUCUCGAUGCGCGUAUCGGCCAUCCGAUGGAUCUAUGAGGCACAAACCUGGGUCUCGGAACCAGAAUUCAAGUCACGAUUGGGUAUCCAGUAUCUACAAACCAACAUCUUGUUGUUGCUUGCUCGAGAGAUGGUGCAGGUCAGUGGUGAGUCCCCCUGGGUUGCCAUUGGCUCGCUGUACAGAACCGCCGUGUCUAUGGGCCUACAUAGAGACCCUGUGCAUCUGUCGAAGAGAACAAGGUUCGUUUCAGAGAUGCGCCGGCGCUUGUGGAACACUAUUCUUGAGAUUUCUCUACAGUCCAGUCUAUCGUCUGGAAGUCCUCCGCUCAUAUCUCUGGAUGAUUUCGACACCGAGCCUCCCGGCAAUUUUGAUGAUGAUCAGCUUUCAGCAGAGGAUCCUGCGCCCCGGCCGGAACACGAGUUCACUGAGUUGUCCAUCGCCAGAGCCUUGCGAAAAACUUUCCCAGAUCGCCUCAAUGUUGCCAAACUUCUAAACAACAUUGGUUCCCAGGGAGGCUACGAGGAAACCUUACGAAUUGACGCAGAACUCAGGGCUUCUUACAGGGCCUUAACCCAAACCCUUCACAGCUGUAAAUCAGCUCCCGGAAGUUCGCCAUCCCAAUUUGAGCUAUCUGCGGUAGACUUCAUCAUGCGUCGGUAUGUCUCAGCCCUCCAUUUCCCCUUCCUCGGUCCGUCACUCCACGAGACAUGUUACGCCUUCUCCCGCAAGGUGUCAGUCGAAGCUUCGUUCAAACUCUGGUGCGCGGCAUACCCUCCCUCCUCAGAGGCUACCCUGGCUGCGCAUUCCGACAACGAUGUAUUUGCUUCGAGCCGUUAUGAAUUCUCACGUUACACGAUAUGCGGCUUUGGUUUCUUUCGAACAGUGGCUUGGCAGGCCAGCCUCAUCAUAGCAAUCGAGCUAAAGAAUCAACUCCAGGAGGAAGAAAGCUUAUGCCCGGCGCCGUUGAGGUCGGACUUGCUAUGUGCUCUAGAAGAUUCAAAGACUUGGUCACUACGGUGCAUCGAGGCCGGGGAGACCAACAUAAAGGGCUACCUUGGAAUUAACGUGGCAGCUGCACAAAUUCAAGGCCUCCUGCAGGGCCUUUCAGGAGAGGCCUUGGCCGAAUUCAUGAUUAGAGCUGGAGAGGUAGCCGAGGAGAGAUGUUUGCCCAUAUUGGAAUCUGCGGCAGCGGAGAUGGAAACGAACGAAGUCGACCAAAGCCAGCUGCCGUCGAAUGCAGUGUUUGACUUUGGUGAGGAUUGGGACUUUAUGAUGUCUAAUGGUAUCUUUGAUCCUGGUGACGGUGACCCCAUGGCGUGGAUGGUGUGA